UUGGCAACAGUGCAACUCAGUUAACUAGUAUAAUUUUUACAGUGUGUGCAGCCAGCAAAAUGACGACCACAAAUCAAAAGAAGAUAUCAUUGAAGUGUUAACAAUUGCAAUUACAUUAGCCAAUGGCAACCGCAACAAAUUGAGUUCAUUUAACUGAAAACACAGUAACAUUCGAGCCCAACAGCAUUUUCAUAUCAAUUUUGAUUUCGAUAGUUGCAAAAGAGAAGAGGAAAAAAUAAGAAAAGUGCCACACAGGCGAGCAGGUGCCACCACAAAAUAAACAAUAGCAAAGGAAAAAUGAGUGUGCUAACGGCAGCGCACAUAUUAAAUGUUAAAUCAAUAUUUGUGGCACUAAUCGUGGCUCUGCUGACUGCACCCAAUGUUGUCCUGUCGCGCAAACAUCAUCUGGAAGUUCGCGAUGACAUGCGACCAUAUAUUGCUCUGAGUACAUUUGGUUUCUACACGAAUGGACACUUGGACGUCCAGCUAAGUCAGCUGACAAUUCCCGAGGAGCAGGCGACGGGUGUGUUCGGUCUAACAUUGGACAAGACAACCAUCGAUCAGCUCAAUCCGUAUCUGGACUCCCAUCAAACCAAAUGCAUACUCGAGGAGCCGACAAGCAUUCAGAGAAGGGGACCAAUUCUAUUCUUUGUGCUCGAUCUUACAGAACUCAAAGUGCGGGUACAUUGCUCACCGGAAUGGACCAACAAGCAUGUCUACAGGGAUGUCGCGUAUCGUAUCAAACGGAAUUCGCAUGUGGGCAAAGUUAGCGAUACUGCACUGUUUACUCAGCCACGUCGUCGUCGUGACGUGAUGCCAAUUGGUUCGGAGGAGCUGGAUGAUAUUGAUGAUCAUUCCGAGGAGAAACCCAUGAAACCAGAAGAAGAGCAAAAGCUAUCGUCACCAAUUGUUGCGGGCAAAAUUGACAGUGCUGCCAAAGUUGAACCAGACGUUGUGUCGCCCAAAGACUUGCCUGAAGCUGUGGCAAAUCCAAAGGAUGCUCCCAUUCAGCCAAAAGCUUCAUCACCAACGGCUGCUUCAGUUGCCGCAUCUCCACCAGCCGCCAAUGUGAAUGCUGCCAUUGCCAGUGGAGUACUGGGAGUUGAUUCCGAAGCUGAAGGUGCAGCUGCACCUGCUCCGUCAGCAUCCGUCUCCUCGUCUAGCACUAGCAAGAACGACAAUCUCAAGACCAACAACGAUGCUGAACCACCGCUGCCAGUAGACAAUUCUCCGGGUUCCGUCUCCAAUUUUUAUGAAUCCAAUUACUAUAGGCAAUCACAGCUGGACUUGUGUAAUAACACCAUGCCGCUCGUCAAAAAAACCGUUGGUCUACUUAACUAUUAUAGCUUCAACUUUUCCAUGUUUGUGGCGACGCAACAUGACGAAGGAUUGUACAAUUUAUACUUUCACGCCUGUCCCAACUACGAUUAUCCACAGAAGUUGUCCUUUAAUGUGGACAUUGAGGAGAACAACAAUGGAAACUAUUUAUCAGCGGGUGAAAUGCCGCUGCCUGCUUUAUAUUUCAUGAUGAGUCUACUCUUCUUUCUGUCUGGACUUUUCUGGGUUUUCAUACUGAAGAAGAGCAAGCACACCGUCUAUAAGAUACACUAUUUGAUGGCCGUUCUGGUAUUUCUCAAGUCAUUGUCGCUGAUGUUCCAUUCCAUCAAUUAUCACUUUAUUGAGAAACGCGGCGAGCAUGUGGAAACCUGGGCCAUACUCUACUAUAUAGCACAUUUGCUCAAGGGCGCCGUUUUGUUUAUAACCAUUGUGCUCAUUGGCACCGGCUGGACAUUUAUCAAGCACAUACUCUCCGACAAGGAUAAGAAGAUCUUUAUGAUUGUCAUUCCCCUGCAGGUACUUGCAAAUGUGGCGCAAAUCAUAACGGAUGAGUCGGAUCAAAGCGAUGCCGAGUUCCGCACCUGGCACAACAUAUUCUUCUUUGUGGAUCUGCUUUGCUGUGGCGCGAUACUCUUCCCAAUUGUGUGGUCCAUACGACAUCUGCAUGAGGCGUCUGCAACCGAUGGCAAGGCAGCGAUUAAUCUGCGCAAAUUGAAGCUAUUUAGACAGUUUUAUCUUAUGAUUGUCUGCUAUAUUUAUUUUACGCGUAUUAUUGUGGAUCUACUCCAGAUGACGGUCGUCUUUCAGUAUGCCUGGCUGGACGAGAUGUUCAGAGAGAUGGCCACAUAUGUGUUCUUUGUUCUCACCGGUUACAAAUUCCGUCCCGUAUCAUCGCAUCCAUAUUUCACAGUGCCCGAUGAUGAUGAGGAUGAUGGUGUGGAGGUCCUUACCGAAUCCGGAUUAACCGAGACAGUGCAUCGUGUUAAGCCCUUGAAUCGAAAUGCCCAUUCCAAUACCAUUGUAAUUGAGGGCAAUGAUGAUGAGCGUGAGAAUCUGAUUGCGAAACGAGAAUCAAGUCAUGAAUACGAUUAGAUUUAAAAAGAAGUAACACACCACACACACACACACACCACAACACACACUACAACACACACACAACAAGAAAAGCAUACGCAGAUAUAGUAGAUACGCACUUAAUUGCAAUCGUACUUUAAGCUGAAGAUGAAUUCCAACUCGGAUGAAUAGCUGGAGAGAUGCAGAUGUGGAUGGACUGGCUGUAUUUAGAUGAUGAUGUUUAGUUAGUAGUUGAAUCCCGCUCCAAGCCCGUCCAACAAAUAGUAUACACGUGUAAAUACGAAAUGAAACGACGACGACACAAUACACUCCCUCGCAAGCCCCGCCACGUUCCCAAAACCCAGAUGAAUGCUUAUAUAUGUAUUUCCCCCUCUCCUCCCCUCCCCUAUCGUUUUAAGGCAUUAUUGAUAUAAUUUUAAUGAAUACCGAUACAUACAUAUAGCUUUAAUAU